AUGGCCGUCUCGUGGAAGUCGUUUGACUUCUUCAACGUUUCGCCCGUCGCCCUCGCCGACGACGACGCCCGUCAGCUCUUCGAGAGCAACGAGAUAUCGAGUGUCUGCGAGGGCUCCGACAGCCUCUUUGUCGGCUCCAACCAUGGCUCCGUCAGCAUCAUCGGCAAGAGCUGGAAUGUCCUCAGGAGCUUUCAGGCCCACGAUGUCGGCCGCAUCACACAUAUGCGGCAGGUCGAGGGCACCAGCGUCUUGGUGACCGUGGCCGAAGACCUGAGCAGCGAACCGGUGCUCAAGGCUUGGGCCCUGGACAAACUGGUCAAGAAGACCAACAUGCCCACCUGCUUGAGUACCCUGACCAUCAACAACGGCAGGCGUCAGUACCCGAUAUCGGCCUUUGCGGCGCUCGACGACCUUUCGCAGAUUGCCGUCGGCUUCGGCAACGGCGCCGUUACCGUCAUUCGCGGCGACUUGAUUCACGAUCUCGGCACCAAGCAGCGCAUCGUCUUCGAGUCGGAAGAACCAGUCACGGGCGUGCAGCUCGCCACCGACGAGAAGCUGACCACCCUGUUCGUCUCCACCACGUCACGCAUCAUCAAGCUGGGCCUGUCGAGAAAGGGCCAAGGCCUGCCGCCCAAGACGGUUGAGGAUGCAGGAUGCGCCGUCGGCUGCAUGACCCUAGACCGCAACACUGGUCAGGUCGUCGUGGCUCGCGAGGAUGCCAUAUACACCUACUCGCUCGACGGGAGGGGCCCGCCCCGAGCCUAUGAGUCGCCCAAGAGCCUCAUCUCGCUGUACAAAAACUACGCCGCCCUGGCAUGUCCGUCUUCGGGCGCGAGCGGAAGGGAUCCUGAAGCCAUGAGGCGGCGCUUCGGCGGCGGGGCGACCGAUGCCCUCUUCAACGCUUCGUCGUUUGUCCUCCUGGACGCUGACCUUCGGGUGAUUGCUCACACAGAGACACUGAUUUCUCCCGUUCGUUUCAUCUUUGGCGUCUGGGGAGAUCUGUUUACAAUCAAUCAAGACGGGAAAGUCUAUCAAUAUCACGAGAAGUCACUGCAGCAACGACUGGAGAUGUUGUACCAAAGAAACAUGUUUCCGCUCGCCCUCGAACUCGCCCGCAACUCGGGUCUGGACAGUAAACAGCAGAGCUUCAUCUAUCGCAAGUUUGGCGACCACCUCUACCAAAAGGCAGACUAUGACGGGGCCAUGGCGCAGUACAUUCGCGCAAUGGACACAACUGAGCCGUCGCAGGUUAUCCGCAAGUUCCUCGACACCCAGCGAAUACACAAUCUCAUUCAGUACUUGGAGCAGUUGCACGAGCAGAGAAGAGCGACGUCCGACCACACCACGCUCCUGCUCAACUGCUAUGCCAAGCUCAAGGACAUUGAGAAGCUGGAAAAGUUCAUCAAAUCCCCCGGCGACCUCAAAUUCGACCUGGACACGGCCAUUGCCAUGUGUCGCCAGGGCGGGUACUACGAGCAGGCGGCGUACUUGGCCAAGAGGCACGGCGAAACGGAGCUUGUCGUCGACAUCUUGAUAGAGGACUCAAAGAGCUAUGCCGAGGCGCUGGACUUUAUCUGGCGUCAAGAUCCGGAAGUUGCUUACCCCUGUCUCCAAAAGUACGCUCGUGUGCUCAUCGAAAACUGUCCCAAGGCGGCGACCUGUCUCUUUGUGGAUUAUUAUACGGGCAAGUACAGACCAAAGCGUGCCUUGGCCGCCGUGCGGGACGGCGAGACGCCGCCAUCUGCGACGCCCUCGGCCAUCGGGAUCGCAGGGGAGCCCACUGGCGAAGCAGAGGCGGGGGUGGCGGCAGCAGCAGCAGCAGCAGCCGGGGACCGCGACGACGACCCGGCACCAAAGUAUACGCCUCCACCGCCUCGGAACGCGUUCUCGUCCUUCAUCGACCACCCCGACGAGUUUAUAGUCUUCCUCGAGGCCUGUUUGGAGGAAAAGGAGCUACAGGCCUCGGACAAGACCGACUUGUACACUACGUUGUUUGAGAUGUACCUGCAAAAGUCAAGUGACAAGAAUGCGCAGCGCGACAAGGAGGCGUGGGAAGACAAGGCCAAGAAGCUCAUCGAGGGAGAGCAUGUGCCCAUGGAGAGCUCAAACGUCCUGCUCUUGUCACACCUCUCCGACUUUAAACAAGGCACCGUCUUGGUCAAGGAGCAGGCCGGCCUGCUGUUUGACAUUUUCAGAUCUUACACGUCGGCCAAGGACACGAGGGGUGCGAUGAAGGCACUGCACAAGUACGGCCCGGGGGAGCCGCAGCUGUACCCUGCGGCACUGGCCUACCUCGCGUCGGACCCGCGGGUGCUCGAGGAGGCGGGGCCAGAGGAACUGGCGGGCAUCCUGUCCAAAAUUGACAAGGACAGGCUCAUGGCUCCCCUGCAGGUGAUCCAAACCCUGGUCGGACAUUCGUCAGGCCGCGGGGUGGCGACGAUGGGCAUGGUCAAGCCGUACCUGCACGAGACCAUUACACGCGAGCGCCGAGAGAUAGCGACGAACCGGCAUCGCAUCGACACGCUGCGUACCGACACGGAGAAGAGGCGCUCGGAGCUGGCGGACCUGGGGACCAAGCCGGCCGUGUUCCAGGCGACGCGGUGCUCCGACUGCGGCCAAGGGCUGGACCUCCCGGCGGUGCACUUUCUCUGCAAGCACAGCUUCCACCAGCGGUGCCUGCGAGGCGGAGGGGACGAGGAGCGGAUGGAGUGCCCCAAGUGUGCGGGGGAGAAUGAGGUGAUUCGGAAGAUGAGGGAGGGGCAGAGAGAGACUGCGGGGAGGCACGAGCUAUUCAAGGGCGACUUGGAGAGGAGCGAAGACCGGUUUUCUACGAUUGCGCAGUGGUUCUCGCGGGGCGUCAUGGAUGUCGGGCGGGACCCGGAGUAG